AUGGCUUCUGGUAACAAUAAUAUAGAGCGGUGGUUGGAACAGGACUCGUCAGACGACGAACAGAUACCAAAUGACGAAUAUAGUGAUGUGGAGUCUGAUGUUGAGAUAGGUCAUGUCUUGGAGGAAAGUAGAUCAGAUUCGGAAGGCGAGGAGUUACUUACAGUGGAGAAUGAGGAAGAUUGUCUGUCCCCGAGUAAUUGCAUCAUUAGCACCCGAGAGUUUUCAUCUGAAGAUGAUGAGCCCUUAUCUCAAAUACAAUCGAGGGGUAGAAAAAAAAAAUAUUUCGGCAAGAAUCGUUUUCGUUGGUCGUCUGCUCCGUCUUCCACGCGAUCGAGAACAUUGCAGCAUAAUAUAAUGCAAGAAAGAGAAGGUGUAAAGCCAGCGUUUAGGAGUGCAAUAAAUUCUUCCACAUCACCGCUGGAUAUUUGGCAGCAGUUUUUUACAGACGAAAUAUUUGAAAAUAUCGUUGUUCAAACUAAUAUAAAAAUAAGACAAAUGAGACCAAAGUACCAAAAUUCAUAUUGUGUUCAAGAUUUAGAUCUCAUGGAAUUGAAAGCAUUUAUAGGAUUCCUGUUUUAUACGGCAAUCUUCAAAGAAAACCGUGAACAUUAUACGUCAUGGUACAGUACUGAUGGCACAGGAAGGGAGAUAUACCGCUGUAUCAUGAGUAAGAACAGAUUGGAAGUGUUGUUGAAUGCUAUACGUUUUGACGAUACAGCGACUCGACCAGAGCGUCGAGCAAUUGAUUCAUCUGCACCUAUUGCUGACCUCUUCAAGUCUUUUAUUGACCGAUGUCAAGCUUUAUAUGCAAUCGGCAGCUACGCAUCUAUUGACGAAAUGUUGGUGCCAUUUCGAGGAAGAUGCAAGUUCAAAGUGUACAUGCCAAAGAAGCCAGCCAAAUAUGGCAUAAAAAUUCAAUGUCUCACAGAUGCACGGUCUGGUUACCUACUCAAUGCCUAUAUAUAUGUAGGCAAAGAUUCCGACAGUCAGAAUUUACCAGCAGAAUAUCAAGGUAUGAAGAAACCAACACAAGCAGUAAUGCGAUUGAUUCCUCCAAUUGAAGGAUCUCGACGUAACGUAACCACUGACAAUUGGUAUACCUCUAUUGAAUUACUCGAGUUGCUGAAAAAGAAACAACUCACGGGUGUUGGAACUAUGAGGAAGAAUCAAAAAGAAAUUCCCCGUGAUUUUUUACCAAAUUCUAGCCGAAACGUGGAUUCUACUAUUUUUGGAUUUACCAAAGACUACACUAUAUCCUCAUAUGUGCCAAAAAAAAAUAGAGCUGUCAUCACAGUCUCGAGUAUGCAUCACAUGCCAGAUAUUGAUGAUACCAGUAAGAAACCGGAGGUUAUACUUUUUUACAAUAAAACUAAAAUUGGAGUGGAUCUACUCGACCAAAGGUGUUCAAAUUACUCCACAAGUCGUCGCACUCGUAGGUGGCCUUUAGCUAUUUUUUAUCGACUACUGGAUAUUUCUGCCUCCAAUUCCUAUGUCGUGAGCCUUUCUGUUACACCUCAAGGGCAGAAAGUUGAAAGCAGGUUCAAAUUCCUGAAACGCCUUGCUGAACAGCUUGUAAGACCACAUCUAGAACGUCGUGUAAGCAACGUGAAAUUGCAACGGGACAUACGUAAUGCUAUUCGAAGUAUCCUCAACAAAAACGAGGGAACCACGCUAUUAGCAGUUCCAUCAAGCAGCACUGCUGAAGAAAGGUUGACUAGACCACCAAAACUGGGCUUCUCUGACCACAAUGGAACAGCCAUUCACCUUGAAUUACCCCCAGCAAACAGAAGAGAUUACAUGGCACACAAAAAUAAGAAUAUUUAG